UGUGUGUGUGUGUGUGUGCUCUGUUUAAGUGGAUGAAAGCAGCUUCUUUCAACUAGUCCACCAUCUGCAAAAGUACUUUGUGUUGCUGGAGUUACAGGUAAAGGGCAGAACAAGCUUGUUUAGUCCACCCGUCACAUUUAUUUGCAAAACUACUUUAAAGAAACCAGCAAAGAACCAUCACCUGUGAUUUUGGGAACAGUCAAAACAGGAAAUCCAGUUAGCGUUCCCUCUGUCUAAAUGGAUUAUUUCCAAAGGAACGUCCUUCUCAAAUCAGCUUGACUGAUUCAGCAAAAAAGCUUGGAAGCGGAUUUUUGUGGUGUCCUUCCCUACCGACGCUACAACCUGGCAGGAAUGAGUUAACGGGGAUCAGCCAUGGUGGUGACAAAUCUUUCUCUGGAGCUGCGUUUCCGAGGGAAGAAGCUGAGGGGCUUCACGUGCAAAGUGACCCGCUGGGCCCACGGUUUACUGCCCGAGAGCUCUUGGAUCAUCGCUGCCCAGAUCCUUCUGCCGUACCUGUUGUCCGGCCUGGGCAUGGUGGCGGCUGGGAUAGUCAUGGAUGUAGUGCAACACUGGGAUGUGUUCAAGGAGAUCUCAGAGGUGUUUAUCCUGGUGCCAGCCCUGGUGGGGCUCAAGGGGAAUCUGGAGAUGACAUUGGCAUCCAGAUUGUCAACAGCAGCCAACACAGGGCAGAUGGAUGAGGCUCAGCAGCAGUGGAGGAUGGUGUUGUGUAAUCUGGCUCUGAUUCAGGUCCAGGCCACAGUCGUGGGCUUCCUGGCAGCCGUUGCAGCAGUGGGGCUCGGGGGUCUGACCAGGGGGAGAGUGGACCUUAUCCAGGCUGCUGUCCUCUGUGCCAGCAGCGUCACCACUGCUGUCAUCGCUGCACUGUCUCUAGGUCUGUUGAUGGUGGCGGUGAUUAUUGGAUCCAGGAAGGUGGGCAUCAACCCAGAUAAUGUGGCCACACCCAUCGCUGCCAGCCUCGGAGACCUCAUCACGCUGUCUCUGCUUGCUUAUGUCAGCAGCCUCUUCUUCUGUUACAGAGACAUGUGGUACCUGCCUCCUGCGGUGUGCUGCUUCUUCCUGCUCCUUAUCCCAGCGUGGGUCGUUAUAGCCCGUCGCUCUCCACCCGUCAGCGACAUCCUAAGGUCAGGCUGGCAACCGGUCAUUUUGGCCAUGUCCGUUAGCAGCAUUGGUGGUCUGAUUCUGGAUAAGACCAUAGCCAACCCAAACUUUGAAGGUAUGGCAGUGUUCACUCCAGUCAUCAAUGGUGUAGGCGGCAACCUGGUGGCCAUCCAGGCCAGCAGGAUGUCCACCUACCUCCACUACUGGAGUGUUCCUGGAGCUCUUCCCCUUGUAAUGGGUGUGAACUGCCCGGGACCCUGUGCAACCCUCUGCUCCUCAGAUGUGAACUCUAAAUCAGCCAGAGUCCUGGUCCUUCUUGUAGUCCCGGGUCACCUCCUCUUCCUGUACACCAUCCACCUCCUGCAGGGAGGCCACACUGCCAUGACGCCCACCUUCAUCGUCUGCUACCUGUCUGCAGCUUUGCUUCAGGUGGUGAUUUUGCUUUACGUGGCCAGCCUGAUGGUGCGAUGGCUGUGGCGAAGGGGACUGGAUCCAGACAACUUCUCCAUCCCCUACCUCACAGCUCUGGGUGACCUGUUGGGGACCGGUUUCUUGGCAUUGAGCUUCAGGCUGAUCUUGAUGUUCAGUUCUUCUGGGACUGAAGUUUGACACACACGCGUGAUCCUGUACACCCUGAGUGUUCUGCUCUCUAGUAUAUGCAAGUGGCUGAAAGACACUUGCAAAGCUCUUGGAUUUAAGAAGGAGGGUGAGGAUUAACGAACACAAGAGGUUGAGUAUGGCGUUAUAUUUGUGCCUCAAACAUGAGCAUCCUAAUGGGACGGAAGAAUAUGUUUUGGCAGGCACAUAUAUUUGUUUUUGACAAAUGAUUACACACAGAAUAAUUUAGUUUAAGCAAACAAAGAUCUAUUCGGUGCUAACAAUUUUUUUGCUAUUAUCCAUAUGAGGGCAUUUUUAAAUUCAGCUUUACUUAUUUAGGGCUCUAUCUUACACACGGCACAGCGCAACGCCAGACGCAAGUGUCUUUGCUAGUUUAAGACCGACGCAGUUGUCAAUUUUCAUGUCCAGCGCCGACGUCCUUUAAAUAGCAAAUGCACCUGCGCCCGUCUGUGCACCCAUGGGCGUGCCGGUCUUACAGGGUGGCGUGUUCAGGUGAAUUCUUGAGUAUUGCUAUCUUGAGAAUAUCUUGAGGAUAUCUUGAUUUACAGAGGAAAUUUGUAAAAUCGGUAGAGGUUAUUAUAUUGUUUUGUGUUUUAACAUACAGGAAAUAGCAAACUAUUAUACGUUUUCUCCACAAAUAUCACCUAUGUUUUUGAAGAGAAAAAAAGCUUUAUGUGCAUAAAAUGUCCCUUAGUGCUCAGGAGUGAUGCAGAAAUCUAACACCACAGAGAAGGGACUGCAAGAACAAAUAAAGCGAAGAACACGUGGACUUAUUUUGCACUUUAGACUCCAUAUUAGCCAGCUAAAUGUGGUCGAUAGUUGUACUCUGUUCCCUUGAGUUGCACCGGUCUCAAUACAAGCCGGAUUGGAUCUGUAGAAACAACACCCAUCUAAAAUGGAUACAAGUUAUUCCCACUGUAGAACCACUGCACUGUUAACCAUUGUCAGCUCUUAAAUGUUAGAUGGCAAACGAUUGUAUUAAGGCAAUAAUUAUAUAUAACCAAUUGUAAAUGUAUAUUAACACAAAUCAGAUGCUGCACUGUCUGGAUGAAUGUUAGAUUUUAUUGUGUUUAUUUCAUGUAGGUUUGUGCCUUUAAACCGUGAUAAGCCUUCAGUUCUCAUCAGUGUUCCUAAGAACUGUUUGUGCCAAAUUUCUAAUUGUAUUUUAUUUUUUUUAUGCAGCACAACGCCAUUGAAUAUAGUCGGUUGUUCUUUACUGUUAAUGUGUUAGUCUGUGUUCCAGGUAAUGAGAAUACGGAUACUUUGUGCUAUUUUUGUGAAAACAAUUAUUUAGUAUGCACCACUCUCUGUAUGGGACAUUUUCAAAUGUUUGAUAUGCACUUUUAGAAAGAUGCUUGUCUUUCUGAUCUGAAAAUAGCAUCCAAAGAUGGAAAUAGUCCUAUUUUCACAGUGACACCAAGCUUGUUUUGGACUUUGCUCUCACAUUUGUAAAAACUUCUAGAUGACAUCUUUGCAGCCACAAUUUGUCAUUGAAAUAAAAGACUGUAAUGUAAGGCGUUAUUGCAGUAUUCUGAAGUAUCUGUAUCUGUGUAGCAGUGUGUAAAGUAUCAGGGUUUCUGCCUUAUAAUAUUCAAUCCAACAUUCAAACCAUUAGAUAGAUUCUUAAUGAAAUGCAUUUAUUUGAAAAUUAUGAGAGAAACUAUAUAUCUAUUUUGGUUUGUCUGACUUUGUAGUCAGCAAUAACACAAUAAAUAAAAGACAAUAUCAUUGUUACACAAAACUCUUCUACAGCACAAACAAUAAACAUAGUCACAGUUAUAAAAGUUGUUGUUGUCUGCAGGGGUCAAAAAGGCCCACGAUCAGAGGCACAUCCGUUUGGAGACAUUCACUGUCUUAUUUUAAUACUUUCAUUAAGCUACUGCAGGUUACAUUUGUCGUGCAAAUGA